GCUCAGAUGAACGUCAGUGGUGUUGGGCAGUGAACGGCAAAUCGCAAAGGCAAGCGCAGCGCCGCGAACGUGGGCUAACCACCACGCUUCCGCAUCCCAUACCCAACCUGCACCCCACCUCGCAUUCCUCUCACACCUCACCCCUCCCCUUUCCUCCGCCUCCUCAACAUUAUCCACCCUAGCGCACAGAGAGUGAGGCAGGGGAAGGAGGAGUUGGGACACGAGCCGCACCUGUACAGGCUCAGGCAUAAAAGCCGAGGCAGAUAAGAGACACCCCCACCCCACCCACCCACCAUCACCACAUCAGCUGCUGGCACAGGAAGACACGCUCAGGAGCCAUGCUGCUAAAUCGGCCACAGCUCUCCAAGGUCUUGGGCUGGUUCGUGGGCUACGGAAUUUGCUACCUGCUGAUGCAGACGGUGGGGGACCUCAAGCUGCACGAGCGAGUGCAGUCCACCAGCUACCCCCACGGCCACCUCGACACAGACGAAGAGCCACUGCCCAUCGUCAUGAACCUGGAUUCUGACGUUCUGAGCCAUCAAGGCAUGGACAACUCAACGGCAGCAGCACUGCUCAAGAAAGUGAGGGUGCUGUGCUGGAUCGUCACGCACCCGAAGAAUGUCCAGGCCAAAGCUCGCCACGUCAAGGCCACCUGGGCCAAGCGCUGUGACCGCGUGCUCUUCAUGAGCUCGGAGGAGGACAAGGAGCUUGGGGCCAUCGGGCUCGGCACGGGGGAAGGCCGCGACAAGCUCUACUGGAAGACCAUCAAGGCGCUGUACUACAUACAUGAGAACCACCUUGACGAUGCAGACUGGUUCCUCAAGGCCGACGACGACACCUACGUCAUCAUGGAGAACCUCAAGCUGCUGCUGGUGAGCUACUCUCCGUCGGAGCCCAUCUUUUUUGGGCGCAAGUUCAAGUACUUCGUGAAGCAGGGCUACAUGAGCGGGGGUGGCGGCUAUGCGAUGAGCAGGGAGGCCGUGCGCAAGUUCGUGGAGGCCUUCGAGACGGGCAAGUGCACGCACGCGUCCACCAUCGAGGACGUGGAGGUGGCCAAGUGCCUCGCAAAGGUUGGCGUAGUGGCCGGAGAGUCUCUGGACAUGCACCGAAGGGAGACCUUCCACGGGGUGUUUCCCGAGGAGCUGCUGACCAAGAAACACGACCAAAAACCUUUCUGGUACAGAGACUACUCCUACCACCCCCUCGAGCUGGGUCCUCGGUGCUGUUCGGACUACUCGGCCACGUUCCACUACAUGUCUCCGACGUGGAUGUAUACCUUUGAGUACUUCGCCUACCACCUGCGCCCCUAUGGAUACAGCCACCGUGAGCUGCCCAUCAACCAGACGGCCCAAUGGGCGCUCUUUGGCCGAAAUUCAGACUCCUCUUCUUCCCAGCUGAAGAGCCUUCCAGUCGAUUCCAAGCUCCGAUAGCCGCAAGCAAUGUUACAUAUAUACGCACAUAUAUAAAUAACUUUGUUUCAGACUGAUUGUUUCAUUCCCCCCCCCCCCUUAAUUCCAGAGAAUUGUUCGUGAGCUUGUAGCCAUUCUUCAAUGCAUCACUGUCAUUUUAUUCUCACGCCCUUGAUACACGCGUUGCAUUAAUGCACGUAAACAUUAGGCAUUUGAACAUUGUGCAAAUUGCCUGUGAAGAUUUUUAACCGCAGGCUAAUGAAAAAUGAAUAAGACGGAGCACGACAAAACACGUGCGUAAAUGAGACGAUGAAAAUGAGACGCGAAAGCAAGGCGAGCAGAAUAUGAUGCUCAAAUAUAAGUGACAUCAAAAUCACGGCAAAUUGAUCAACUCAAACCGCAAGGAGAAGAGAAUGAGAACCAUCUUUUGGAUAAUUGUUUACAAUUGUGUAUUUAUUUAUUCUGGUGGGUCGUGGUGCCAUGGAAGAGUGCCGCUGUCUCAAUCGGAGAGUCUUGAGUUCAAGUCAGAGAUGGUGGUCAACUCGGCCCAUCAUUGUCUCCCUCGCCGGGUAUGCAGGAUGUCGUGGGUUCGAACCCGACCCUGAUGCCUGCUGCUGUAUAUUUGGAGUUUUGCGGUGUCUCUCUCCCCGUGGUCAUGUGGAUUUUUUUUUCUCUGGGUCCUCCGGUUUUUCCCUCCACAUUUUUGGAGCGUGCAUUUAGAUAGCAGGUGUCCCUCCAUUUACGAAAGUCACGGUUAAACGAAAUUUCGUAAAUCGGAUUGGCUUUUCCCAUGAAUUUAAAACUUAAAAUGAGGGAGGUGUCAUUCCAACUCUUAUUUCCAACCUAAAAAUAUUACACAUCACUUUUCACAAUACAAAAAUAACAAUAA